AUGGAAAUUCCACCAUCCCUUUUUCCUUCCGUACAACCUUGUCUCUUCUCAACUCGCUGCUACCCCCUAUUCUUCACCUUCCUCCCAGGAGAAGAAAACCAACGGCGGAUUCCUUAUCUUUUCCAACUCCUCUUCGCCAAGAGCACCGCCUUCCCCUCCCUUCGCCCCUCCAACCUCCCCGCCUCCUCUCGUCGCUCCUCCCCUCUCAGCUCCACCUCGCUCUCCCUCCGGCUACCAACCGCGGCGGCGGUGGGGCCGAUCGACUUGGCCUUCGCCACCGUGGAGCCGACCCUCAGGCACGCGAGCGUGCUCUUCUUCAAGUCGGGAUACAACGUUCAGAUCGUGGUGGACGGGAAGGAGCCGGAGGAAGCCCUCCUGCGGCGGUUCCGGCGGGAGGUAGCCAAGGCCGGGGUGAUCCAGGAGUAG